CGAUCGGGACACGGACUCACGCCCGGACAGAAAGCCAUUUGUUGAUACCCGGCUAGUCUUAUCAGUCGCCACAAUGGAACGCUCGAGCACACAAUUCGAUAAAUAUACUAAAAUUUGGAGUGGACCAAGGCCGGCGAAUUUUUUCGAUGUGGACUGUUCGAUUGGUAAAAUUCUUUUUGCCUUUAUGCGGAACCAUCCGUCCAGCAUAUGUCAGAUUUCAGAUACGGAUGGCACAGCCUUAACCAAUGGCGAAGCCAUAACCUUUGCCAUCCGGAUUGCUCAGCAGUUGAAAGCAAUGGGAUUGAAACAAGACGAUGUGGUGGGCAUUGCAGGUACCAACACCACUUACUUAAUGCCAGUGGUGCUGGGAUGUCUUCUGAAUGGCACACCAUUCCAUGCGGUUAGUCCGUGGCAUGACGAGGACACUAUGAAGCAUCUGUUCUCCAUCACCCGACCGAGGGUCAUCUUUUGCGAUGGAUAUGUCUACCAGAGAUUGAGCAUUAUUGCCAGGAUACUUAAGAGCCAUGUCUACACCUUAAAGGAUCAUCGAUUGGGCAUGCCGAGGGUCGAGGAUCUUCUGGAACCCACUAAGGCUGAACUAUUCUAUGUACCUGAAACUCUUCUAUUGGGCGGCGAUCAUACUGUGGCCAUUCUGUGCACUUCAGGAACCACGGGAUUACCAAAGGCCGUUUGCAUCAGCAACUCAGCUUGUUUGUUUGACUUUGGAUUUGUUACUGGCCAGGAUGUACUGCUCACGUUCAGCACCAUCGACUGGUCAGCGGGAAUGUUUAAUAUGCUCUUUAGCUGCUGCCACGGAUCCACUCGGAUAAUCACCGAUAGAGCCUACACUCCGGAGUAUAUGCUGCAGUUGGUGGAGAAGUACAAGGUGACCCUGUUGACAGUGGUGCCACAGCAGGUGGCUUCGCUUCUGAAGGCUCCCACGCUCAGCAAGCAGAGACUGGCCAGCAUACGAUUCGUCAGCGUUGGUGGCGGCUCUUGCUAUGUGGCCAAUCUUCUAAAACUACAGGACUUCCUGAUCAGUGGGCAGAUAUCCUAUGGCUAUGCCUUGACCGAGUGCGGAGGAGUUGCGGCUAAUAUGGGAGUGUCCAAGCCGUCUUCGGUGGGCAGAAUUGUGCCCGGAGUGCGGAUAAAGAUUCUGGAUGAUGCCGGUCGAAGUCUGGGACACGGAGAGACAGGAGAGAUCCUGGUGCACAAUGGAAAAGUCUGGAAUGGCUACUACGCCAAUCCAAAUGAAUCGAAACGGAUGCAGGACUACCAAGGAUGGUUCCACACUGGGGAUAUGGGUUACUUCGAUGACGAAAACUACCUGCACAUCUUGGAGAGAAAGGGGGAUCUUUUACGCUUCCAUGGCGCCCAGUAUUAUCCCCAAGAACUGGAGCAGGUCAUCGCCGAGUUGCCAGAUGUGAUCGAGGCCUGCGUCUUUGGACUCUGGAAUGAGGUAGAUGGUGAUCCUGCGGCUGCGGCAGUUGUAAAAGUCCCCGGAAGUAAACUCACCGAAAUGGACAUAGUGGAAUAUGUGGCCAAGCGACUGGUGGUCAAGCACAAACAGCUCCAUUGUGGUGUCUUCUUCCUCACUGAGUUGCCAAAAACUGGAAGUGGCAAGGUUUUACGACAGCAGGCACGCGAUCAGGCACUGGGCAAAAAAUGGUCGGACUACGCCAACGGGCACUAAUCAUUUAAUACACUUAAUUCUGUUAGGCUUUAAAACAAUUAGUUAUUACCAACGGGUGACUCAUCCGGUUACCAUUCAAGUACUGCCAAAAAUAUAUAAAAACAACAAACCCA